UUCAACAUGGAUCAAAGAGGAAUAGCUUUAAGUGAAGAGUAUUCAGAUGAAGAUUGCGAGCUCACACCCUCAUUUUCGAAUUUUGAUAGCAUAAAGACAAAAGAAGAAGCAAAGACCUUAGACUUCUCAUUAAUUGAGGAUUUCUUCUCGCUCAAGGUUGGCGAAAAGGAGGCCAAGGAAGAGUCUGAACAGAAGCUUACUCCUGAGAAGGAUAAACCAAGAAGUAUUCUUGCCUAAUUUCUUUCUUCACACCUAAAAACCUAACCACCAUGUAGACACACUCCCCCGCUUCCUACCUACGCUCGAAGAACUUGGGAGCGAAAAGAAGCUAGCCAAGGUAAUCGAGAGCUUGAAGGACGAACUCAGGAGGCUCCAGGAAAAACUCAGGAUCAAAUAGAGCAAUGAAGGAUAUGCGACGGACCCAACUUAACAGCUUCUUUGAAGCCGUUAAAGAAGAGGUCGAGAGGUGCCAGAGAGAUUACACUAUUGAUCUCGAUAAUGACGAGAUCAUCUUUGGGCAAGAAUUCGAAGAGAUUGAAGAACGGAUAGGGUAUAUCACUUCACAGAUCAGAGACGCCCAAAACACGAAAUCUCAGAAUAACUCAGAGAUAGAAGGUGAAGAGACUUACGACCACGAGCUGGAGGAGAAGGUAAAGGAAAUAAGCCAGAAUAUUCAGAAAGUUAUUGAAGAGUCUGAAGGUUAUGAAAAGAGUGACUAUUUGAUAGCCUACAGUAGAGAAGAUCUCAGAGAUAGAAUCGAUUGUUUAUUUUAUCAUUCUCUUAAACAUAAGCAGAACACAUCCCUUUUCGAUUUUGACUUUGACCAAAAUAGGAUUAUCAAGACUGAGAUUUUCCAGAAGGGAACCCUGAAAGACCUAUUGUGUGGUGAAAUUGAUGAAUCCCACAUUCCUGGGCUAGGACAGCCCAAGUCAUUUAUCCAUGCUCAGAACAUCUCGAAAUCUUUGAUGGAUAUUUCUGUUGCUUUCAACACCGGAAGUACUGUCCAAAAGAAGGGUCACAAUAGGAACUUGAGCAAUAUUUCUUCAGGUCAAAGAAGAGGAAGUGCUUCAAUGAAUAUAUCUCCAAUAAAGAAAGACGAUAGUAAGAUAUUUAAAGAGGUUGAAGCAAUCAGAAGAGAGAUCAAGCUUGACUACAGCUUUAGCCUCCCCAAAAAAUUAUUCCCCUUGAUUCUGAGAGAGGGAAGAAUCUUCUUUAUUGGUGGGCGAGAGCAUGAUUCAUCUAGUCCAGCUUUUAUUGAGUAUUUGGAGGAGUCCAAUUCUGUCUAUUUUCAUAAGGAAAUGAACGUUGGUAGAGAGGAUCAUGGAUCUAUCUGUGUGGAUGGAAGGAUUUACUCAAUUGGAGGUUAUGAUUUUAGAAAGGAAAAAUGGAUAGAUUCUAUAGAGUCUAUCCAAAUUCCUCAAAGACCACGGACUUCUUAUCUAUACAAUUAUGAAACUUUAGCUGCUCAUGAGACACUCACUUCAAACCAAGAAGAGUCAUCACCGAGGAAUAACUGGAUGAUGCAUAACUCUAAGCUAAUCUUAGCCAGAAGCCAUAUGAUUUGUGCCACUCAGAUGGAGAGAUAUAUCUACAUAUUUGUUGGAAAGUACGGUGCUCCAGAUAUAGAUCAGACAUACUUGAUACACAGAGAGAUGACACAUACGAUAGAAUGAUAUGACACUCUCACAGAUACAAUCCAGGAAUAUACGAUCAAAUCUUGAUAUAAAAUUGACAAGUGAUUCUCACCAGGAUGUGUCUCUAUUCUAGAACCAAAGGGCAAAAUCCCUGCUUUACUAUUCUUUGGAGGAAAAUACGAAUUCUCUCGCAAAAAGAUCACUAAAUUCAUGGACAAAAGUUUCCUCAUUUACCCUCAAGACCAAGACAGAUGCAAACAAUUAAGCCAAAAAUCCCGUAUCAAAGGCUGUGACCUACGAAUAAAGGCGAGUGGGCUGCACCCUCUGGAUAAGAAGUUUAAGCCAGGCCAAGGGGCUAGGACUGUGAAGGUUUUUAAUGGAGACUCCCAGUGUAUUAGGGACCUUCAUAUGUACUGUGAGGAUAUGGAUUAUUACUAUUUCUUGGGCUGAAGAGAGAAAUGCACUAAGUUAGAGAACGAAGACCAAUUCGUCGUCGAUAAUAAAGGGAUUCUAGAUUCGAUAUUUAGGAAGAACCCAGAUAAGAAUAUUGAAACUAAUCUGAAGAUUAAGAAUAACUUGAAUGCAGCUUAUAAGCGGACUUAUGGUAUUGACAAGUUUGAUCCCGAGAGAUUGGAAAAUUCCUUUGUGCAUCCAAGACAUGGCCAUAGUUUAUUUAUGCUUGAUAAGUCAACUGCUAAAUGGACCUCAGUUCCAGUUGUGAAGUAUCCAAAGGGAAAUAUGAGAUAUUAAGUUGUA